AUGGCGGCGUCCGGGUCUGCCGGAGUACCGGCGACUGUGUCGGGAAAGCAAGAGUUUUACCAGCUUCUGAAGAACCUGAUCAAUCCAAGCUGUAUGGUGCGGCGGCAGGCAGAGGAAAUCUAUGAAAAUAUCCCAGGUCUGUGUAAGACUACAUUCCUCUUAGAUGCCGUCAGAAAUAGAAGAGCAGGUUAUGAGGUGAGACAAAUGGCUGCCGCCCUGCUACGACGGCUUUUGUCCUCUGGGUUUGAGGAAGUCUAUCCAAAUUUGCCUUCUGAUGUUCAGAGGGACGUCAAGAUUGAACUGAUACUGGCUGUUAAGUUAGAAACACAUGCUAGUAUGAGGAAAAAACUUUGUGACAUUUUUGCAGUCCUGGCCAGGAAUUUGAUAGAUGAGGAUGGCACUAACCACUGGCCUGAAGGUCUGAAGUUCCUUGUUGAUUCAAUCUACUCUAAAAAUGUGGUUCUAUGGGAAGUUGCACUUCACGUUUUCUGGCACUUUCCGGGGAUUUUUGGGAACCAGGAGCGGCACGAUUUGGAUAUCAUCAAAAGGUUGUUGGACCAGUGUAUUCAAGAUCAAGAACAUCCAGCAAUCAGGACAUUAUCUGCUAGAGCUGCAGCUGCAUUUGUACUUGCUAAUGAGAAUAAUAUUGGUCUUUUCAAAGACUUUGCAGACUUGCUUCCUGGAAUCUUACAGGCCGUGAAUGAUUCAUGCUACCAGGAUGAUGAUUCAGUGCUAGAAUCCCUUGUCGAGAUUGCAGAUACUGUACCUAAAUAUUUGGGUCCUUAUUUAGAAGAUACUCUGCAACUGAGUCUAAAGUUAUGUGGAGACUCUAGACUUAGUAAUCUGCAACGCCAGCUGGCACUUGAAGUAAUAGUGACCUUGUCUGAAACUGCCACCCCAAUGUUGAAAAAACAUACAAAUAUUAUUGCACAGGCAGUUCCUCAUAUAUUAGCAAUGAUGGUUGAUCUACAAGAUGACGAGGACUGGGUAAAUGCUGAUGAAAUGGAAGAAGAUGAUUUUGACAGCAAUGCAGUUGCUGCUGAGAGUGCAUUAGACAGACUGGCUUGUGGGCUCGGUGGAAAACUUGUUUUACCAAUGACUAAGGAGCAUAUCAUGCAGAUGCUGCAGAGCCCUGACUGGAAAUACCGACAUGCUGGACUAAUGGCCUUAUCUGCUAUUGGAGAAGGAUGCCAUCAGCAAAUGGAAUCAAUUUUAGAUGAAACAGUUAACUCUGUUUUGCUUUUUCUUCAGGAUCCUCAUCCAAGGGUGAGGGCUGCAGCCUGUACUACACUUGGACAGAUGGCUACAGAUUUUGCACCUAACUUCCAAAAGAAAUUCCAUGAAACUGUGAUUGCAGCUCUGUUGCGUACUAUGGAAAAUCAAGGUAAUCAGCGUGUACAGUCACAUGCAGCUUCUGCGCUUAUUAUUUUUAUUGAAGACUGUCCCAAAUCAUUGCUGGUUCUAUAUUUGGAUAGUAUGGUAAGAAAUCUACAUUCCAUCUUGGUGAUUAAACUUCAAGAGUUGAUUCGCAAUGGAACUAAGUUGGCCUUAGAACAGCUUGUGACAACCAUUGCCUCAGUUGCAGAUACAAUAGAAGAAAAAUUUGUACCAUAUUAUGAUAUAUUUAUGCCCUCACUAAAGCAUACUGUUGAGCUUGCUGUUCAAAAGGAACUCAAACUUCUGAAAGGAAAGACUAUUGAAUGCAUUAGCCAUGUUGGUCUUGCUGUUGGUAAGGAAAAAUUUAUGCAAGAUGCAUCAAAUGUGAUGCAGUUAUUGUUGAAGACACAAUCAGACUUAAAUAAUAUGGAAGAUGAUGACCCUCAGACCUCUUACAUGGUUUCAGCAUGGGCUAGAAUGUGUAAAAUUCUUGGAAGUGAUUUUCAACAGUACCUUCCACUGGUUAUUGAGCCUCUUAUUAAGACUGCUUCAGCUAAACCUGAUGUUGCUCUCUUAGACACACAAGAUGUGGAGAAUAUGAGUGAUGAUGAUGGAUGGCAAUUUGUAAAUCUUGGAGACCAGCAAAGUUUUGGAAUUAAAACUUCAGGACUUGAAGCAAAAGCAACUGCUUGCCAGAUGUUGGUUUAUUAUGCUAAGGAGUUAAGAGAAGGAUUUAUGGACUAUACAGAACAAGUUGUAAAACUGAUGGUUCCUUUACUGAAAUUUUAUUUCCAUGACAAUGUUCGAGUGGCAGCUGCAGAGUCCUUGCCUUUUCUCCUGGAAUGUGCAAGAAUUCGGGGGCCAGAGUAUCUUGCACAGAUGUGGCAAUUCAUAUGUGAUCCCUUAAUCAAGGCUAUUGGGACCGAACCUGAUACAGAUGUACUCUCAGAAAUAAUGAAUUCUUUUGCAAAAUCCAUUGAAGUAAUGGGAGAUGGGUGCCUUAAUGAUGAACACUUGGAAGAACUGGGAGAAAUACUGAAAGCAAAACUUGAAGGGCACUUUAAAAACCAAGAACUAAGACAGGUCAAAAGACAGGAAGAAAACUAUGAUCAACAGGUUGAAAUGUCUCUGCAAGAUGAGGAUGAAUGUGAUGUUUAUAUUCUGACCAAAGUAUCAGAUAUUUUGCACUCAUUAUUUAGUACUUACAAGGAAAAGAUUUUACCGUGGUUUGAACAGCUACUUCCAUUAAUUGUAAAUCUAAUUUGUUCUAAUAGGCCAUGGCCAGACAGACAGUGGGGAUUGUGCAUAUUUGAUGAUAUCAUAGAGCACUGCAGUCCAACUUCAUUUAAAUAUGUUGAAUAUUUUCGGUGGCCAAUGCUACUAAAUAUGCGUGACAACAACCCUGAAGUCAGGCAAGCUGCUGCUUAUGGCCUGGGUGUUAUGGCACAGUUUGGUGGAGAUGAUUAUCGUUCUUUAUGUUCAGAAGCUGUUCCGCUGCUGGUAAAAGUUAUUAAGUGUGCAAAUUCCAAAACCAAAAAAAAUGUCAUUGCUACAGAGAACUGUAUCUCAGCAGUAGGGAAGAUUUUGAGGUUUAAGCCUAACUGUGUAAAUGUAGAUGAAGUUCUUCCACACUGGUUGUCAUGGCUUCCGCUGCAUGAGGAUAAAGAGGAAGCUAUUCAGACUUUGAGUUUUCUCUGUGACUUAAUUGAAAGUAACCACCCAGUUGUACUUGGUCCAAAUAAUUCCAAUCUUCCAAAAAUAAUUAGUAUAAUUGCAGAAGGAAAAAUUAACGAGACUAUUAACUAUGAAGAUCCUUGUGCCAAACGCCUAGCUAAUGUUGUACGUCAGGUACAGACUUCUGAAGAAUUAUGGUUGGAAUGCAUUUCCCAUCUUGAUGAUGAGCAGCAGGAAGCCUUACAGGAAUUGCUAAAUUUUGCUUGAAGCACUUUAAUAUUACUUGAAUAUCAUC